AGCUGGACGACCAAGACUCGGACAACUCAGUUCAUGAUGACGGACACAAACUUAACCGCCAUUCUCUACAAGAAAGGUGACAUCAAAUUGGAAGAUAUACCAAUCCCAGAACCAGGCCAAGGAGAGGUCCAGUUAUGUAUGCAGCAGGUCGGAAUCUGUGGGUCAGAUGUCCACUACUGGCAGCAUGGCUCCAUUGGUGAUUUCAUUGUCAAGGCACCAAUGAUACUAGGACAUGAAGCCAGUGCAGUGGUCAGUAAACUUGGUGAGGGAGUUACUUCACUGAAAGUUGGUGACAGAGUCGCUAUAGAGCCAGGUGUACCAUGUCGAAUGUGUCGUUUCUGUAAAUCUGGCCGCUACAAUCUCUGUGGUGACAUGAAGUUUUGUGCCACACCUCCAUAUGAUGGUAACCUUUCACGUUUCUACGUCCAUGCAGCUGAUUUCUGUUUCAAAUUACCAGACAAUGUGAGUUUUGAAGAGGGUGCCCUGUUGGAGCCCUUAUCUGUCGGGGUUCAUGCUUGUAAUAGAGGUGGGGUAACGCUUGGGAGCAGGGUACUUGUCUGUGGGGCAGGUCCUAUUGGGUUGGUCAAUCUUUUAACAGCUAGGGCUAAUGGUGCUUCAGAGGUGUGCAUUACAGAUAUUGCCGAAUCCCGCUUGGAGAUAGCUAAACAAUUAGGUGCCACAUUCACUCUUAAAGUAUCAAGUCGGGAUCCUCAGGUAGUGGCACAGCAAGUGGAAGAAGUAAUGGGAGGCAAGCCUGAGAUCACGAUCGAAUGUAGUGGGGCCACACCAAGUAUACAGACAGCUAUAUAUGCAACCCAAUCUGGUGGUUGUGUGGUGUUGGUGGGUCUAGGCCAAGCAGAUGUUACCAUGCCAAUUGUCAAUGCCGCAGUUCGAGAGGUUGACAUCAGAGGGAUCUUCAGAUAUGUCAACUGCUAUCCAACAGCAUUAGCAAUGGUGGCUUCUGGGAAAGUUGAUGUUAAACCAUUGAUAACACACAGAUUUUCAUUGGAGGAUUCUAUCAAAGCUUUUGAAACGACCUUGAGAGGUGAAGGAAUUAAGGUCAUGAUCAAAUGUGCUCGAUAGGUGUUAUUCAACUUUUUGUUGAAAAUGUGGUAACUUCGAACUGUAUAUGAUUUUUCAAUUGUACUGGUUUCUGUUUUUGCAUUUACAAAGCACAUGUAUAAACCAGAUGUUGUCAAUAUAUUUCUAAGGUGUUGAUUCAUGAUUCAUAAGUUGAUUUGUUAAGAAUUGGUAGAUCUGGGACAUCAUCAGAAUCAAAUUAGGGCGUUUUUUUAAUUACAAUGAUUUUUUUAAAAAUAAAAUGUGACUGAUUUUAUUAAAAAUUAGAAAGAUAAUAUCUAAUAUUGAUCACAGAGGAAUAUUGAAAUAUGAACAUUUAAUUACAAUUAUUUUAAUAAGAUGUGUGUAUUUAAAUGGAAUCAAAAGAUGGUUUGAUAUGAUUUUACUUCCUAUCAUGAUGUCUGCAUUUGGAAGGUAUGAAAUUAGCAUAAAUGCUGUAAUUCGGACAGUAUUCCGUUUGACGUGGUUUCUAUGACUCAAUUAUUUAAUGAAUAUGACCAAUGAUGAGAACGAUUGAAAUCAGUGAUUAUAAUGAUUAAAUGCCAUAAAUAUGAUAUAUAUCCUAUUUAAUA